AUGGCUUCUUCUUCUUCCUCUUCUUCUUCUUGUUGGAAAAAGUUGUAUGAUGUUUUCAUAAGUUUCAGAGGCGAGGAUACUCGUAAUAAUUUUACUGGCCAUCUUUACUCUGCUUUUUCUCGUAAAAAAAUCAAAGCUUACACUGACGAGGAAAGUCUAUCGAAAGGAGAUGAGAUCUCGCCUGCACUUAAGAAAGGAAUCCAACAAUCAAAGAUUUCGGUUGUCGUUUUAUCGGAAAAUUACGCUUCUUCAACAUGGUGUCUAGACGAACUCAAUCACAUUCUUGGGUGCAAGGUGACAGAUGACCAGAUUGUGGUUCCGGUCUUUUACAACGUAGAUCCGUCGCAUGUUCGGAAACAACAAGGGCCUUAUGGAAUCGCAUUUUCUGAUCAUGAACAGCGUUGUAUGGCAUUUUCUCAUCAUCAACAACGCUUUACUGACGAAAUGAACAAGUUGCAAAACUGGAGGAAUGCUUUGACAACAGUGAGCAAUUUAGCCGGAUGGGAUUCCUCAGCUAUUAGGUCUGAUUCUGCAUUAAUUGAGGCAAUUCUGAAAGAUAUUCUGGAGAAGUUGAAUUGCGUAGCAUCAUGGGAUAAUUUCAAGAACUUGAUUGGAAUUGAGAAAAAAUUUGAUAAGAUUGAAUCAUUGUUGAACAUCGGUUCACUAGAUGUUCGUGUUGUAGGUAUUUGGGGCAUAGGAGGCAUAGGUAAGACAACCAUUGCUCGCCUCCUAUUCAACAGAUUUGCAUGUCAGUUUGAAGGUUAUUGUUUUCUUGAAAACAUUAAGGAAGUUUCAAAAAGAAGUGGACUGGCCAAUUUACGAAAACAAUUUUUUUCUGAAUUAUUGGGGGAAGAAAGUUUAAUGAUGGUUAACGAGUUUGUAAAGGAUAGGCUUGUGCGAACCAAACUUCUUAUUGUUCUUGAUGAUGUAGAUAGUGCAGAACAAUUAGAAUAUUUAGCUGGAGAUCAUGGCUGGGUUGGUCCUGGUAGUAAAAUCAUUGUCACAAGUAGAGAUGCUCAAGUGCUCAAUAAUAUCGGUGCUCAUGAGAUAUACAAGGUUGAGGAAUUAACUUACGUUGAAUCACUUCAACUUUUUUGUUCAAAGGCUUUUCGAGGAAACUCUCUCCCAACAGAUUACGUAGUGUUGUCAAGAAGGGUACUCAAUUAUGCUCAUGGUGUUCCGUUGGCCCUUAAAGUUUUGGGACAUCAUCUUUUUUCGAAGGCCACAAUGGUAUGGGAAAGUGCAUUGGAUAAAUUGAAAGAAGCUCCAAAUGCAGAAAUCCACAAAGUACUGAGGAUAAGCUAUGAUGGUCUAGAACUUAAUGAGAAGGAAAUAUUUCUUGAUAUCGCUUGCUUCUUCAAAGACGAGGAAAAAGAAUUUGCUGAAAGAAUACUAGAUGCUUGUGAUCUUCAUGUAAAGAUUGGAAUUGAAAUUCUCAUAGAUAAGUCUCUCAUAACUCUUCAGGAAGAUAGAAUAUCGGCACAUGAUUUGGUACAAGAAAUGGGUCGGGAAAUUGUUCGUGAAGAAAGCAAAGAGCCUGGAAAGCGCAGUAGGUUGUGGUUCGCUAAAGAUAUCUACGGUGUCCUGAAAUACAACACUGGUACAGGAGCGAUUCAAGGGAUGUCCCUAAAGAUGAUUGAACUUAGCAAUGACAUAUACUUGGAUCCUCGAGUUUUCAAUAAAAUGUGCAAUCUAAAAUUUCUCCAGUUUUUCCGUCAGAACGGUUGUGUCAACAAGUUAUACCUUCCUCAAGGUCUGCAUUCUCUUCCUGAUGAGCUUAGAUAUCUCCGUUGGGAUUGUUAUCCUUUGAAAUCUUUGCCUCUACGUUUUACGCCGCAAAAUCUAGUUGAACUGCACUUAGAAAAUAGUCAGCUUGAUAACCUUCCCAAUGAAAUCCAGCAUUUUGACAUCUUACAAGUUCUAAAUCUCAGUGGUUGUAGAAAUCUUGACAAGUUUCCAGAGCUUCCAAAAACUAUAAGACAACUAUACAUGAAGGAGACGGCAAUAGAGAAUGUGCCUCAAUCGAUUGAGUAUCUUUCUAAUCUCAAAAUUUUCGAUUUAACAAUGUGCAAAAGGCUUAAGAGUCUUGCGACCAGCAUUUUUGAGUUGAAACUUCUUCAACGCCUUGACCUCUUCGGUUGCUCAGAAUUAGAGUACUUGCCGGAAAUCUUAGAGCCUAUGGUGCAUUUGACAGUUCUUACACUAGCUGCAUCUGGGAUUAGAGAGUUGCCCUCGUCAAUUGAAAAUCUCUCUGGGAUUAUUGUUUUAGAUUGUGCGCGUUGCAAAAAUCUAGAAUUUGUCCCAAACAACAUCUACAAUAUGCGCCUUGAAACAAUAUCGUUCCAUUGUUGUGCAAAGCUUGAAAGUUUGCCUCCAUUGUCAAGCACUGGCUUGCUCCUUUUGACUCUACUAGAUUUGAGUUACACCAGUAUAAGCGAAAUCCCAAAUUGGUUAUUCUCUUUGCGCGUAUUAAGAGAAUUGCAUCUAUGUGGAACAAAUAUCAGUAGAGUACCGGAAAGCAUCACAUUUUCUUUGUUACGUGAUUUGUACGUAAGAGAUUGCAAGUUCCUUCAAUUUCUGCCCGAGCUUCCAUUCUCUAUAAACCUAGUUGAUGCAAGGGGAUGCACAUCAUUGGAAAUGGUGUCAAAUUCACGGCUUGCUCUCUUUGUUUUUUUGGGGGGAAGGUUCGGGAAUAUCGCAGGAGAUCCGUUUGUGACAUUUCUAUUCUAUGAUUGCAAAAAGUUGAAUUGCAAGAACAUGUUGACUGAGUUUCAGAUUAGAGCUUUGUGCAUUGCAGUUAAUUUUGAGGAACGAGAUAAUGAUAAUGCAGUUACUAUUUGUUUCCCGGGAAAUAAAGUUCCAAACUGGUUCGACUACAAAAACGAGGGAUGUUCAGUAAACAUAAAGCUUCCUCCAAACUGGUAUGACACCAUAUUCAUGGUUUUUUGCUUUUGCUAUGUGCUCGCAUUCAAGAAAAACGGUACGAGUGUCGGUAAUAUUCUCGACGACGAUUCUUGGUUCGAGUUAGAAUGUGAGAUGAGUGUCAAAACCAACUCUGGUGUAAGGAGCCUAAGGAAAUUUCCGUGGCAUGUAAACUCUGCUGGAGAGAAAAAAGUUAUUGAUUUGAACCAUGUCUUCAUGGUGACACAUUCAUAUGUGAAUAAUAAAUUAGACCUUUCUUCUGCAACAGAGAUUUCAUUUGACUUCCGAGUAAUUGAUUCGGUAGAGAUACAAGUAGAAAGGUGUGGGGUCCGUAUGGUAUAUCUACAAGAUGCAGUGGAUUUUGUUACCACUUACAGCUCUCUGCUAGGGAAAUCAAAUAAACCUCAACGAAGUAAAUCAAAAUAUCAUUGAUGGUCGAACUGUGUUCUCUUUUGUUCAUGACAUGUGAAUUAGUUUUAUUAGUCAUUUUAAAAAUAUACCACGUAGUGUAAUUUUCUAUUUAUUUUUUUUAAUUUGAUAGAUUGAACUGAAUGAACGUGUUUGGAGGACUCUAU